AUUCCUCCUUCCUCUCUGACGCUCAUCUCUCCACCACUUCUUUUUCUCCAGGCGGAAGCGGCUCCUCCGGUCCUCCUCCACUCAGGCAACCGGUAUCCGUCAUUUCCUCUCUCUUCCUUAAUUUUUCUCUUUGGGGUUUAUUUUGAGCACAUUUCUCUCUCUCCCUCUCUCUCCCUCUCUGUUUUUGAUUCUGCAUUGCAGCAAAUGGGUAGCUUGAUUUUUGUUCUUUUCUCUCAUUAAUUAAUUUCCAUGAUUCCGAAAUGGCUUAAGACCAAUUGGGUUUAAUAAUUCCUGGGUUUUAUUUCACCAAUUUGUUUACUUGGUUAAAACCAAGUUGCUUUUAUUGCAAUUUGGUAAAAAAAAUUAUGGAAAUUGUUGUGAUGGAAAUUGUUGUGAUGAUAAUGCAUGUGAAAACUUGCCUGAUAAGUGUUUGAUGAAUUGCAUAUGUUUAACUUUGUAUUUCUUGCCACUCAUGUGGACAGGAUUAGCCUGAAAUGAAAUGCUUCUUUGGGAUUUGCAUGUGGGUUUCUCCACUCUAUAUAUUUCAUGUAGAAUUUCAUUGUCAGUUUUUUCACUGAUGCUUUUCGAAAGACAUGCAACAAAUGCAUGCUGAAUCUGGGUCCUCAGUCGUUUCCUUUCUUUCGUUUCUCGAUCAGAUUGUUUUCCUUUGCGAUAUUAGUGGUUAUUAAGACAUUCUACAUAUGAAUUCCGUUAAUAAUGGUGUUCUAUGCGAACUACAUUGUCAUUUCUUGCGCUUGAUCUGCUUUGUGUGGGUGAGAGAGAUAGGCGUAAUCUUCAAGAAGGUUGUUAAAGUAUGCUAUUGGUGAGUUGAGAGAAAGGGAUUUGAUUGCUGGUGGUAACGUUUCAAAUGUCUCACAGCAUUCUUAUGUGUGAGUGGGUUGGUUGCGGGGUAUGUGAAGAAAGAACGAGAGCUAAUCCAUAUUCCAAAAUUUUAAUCCGCAGCAGUGAUGGAUGGCUUGUCUCAGGCGACAGGAUCUAAUCCUGCCAUAGGGUUAGAUUUUAACAAUUUUCAAAGUGGGGUGGCAAAUGAUGAUCAGCGCUUUCUCUUGUACUUCAUUAUCGGUACCUACUUUGGGCCUGAUCUUAAAGGAGAGAGGCCAUCAAAGUCAGUGUUGCAGAGAAUAGCUGAGCGACUUCCACCAUAUACUAUUGAGCAACUAGGUGGCUCCCGCCUGAAAAUGGCAGAGGUAGGGCAGGUGUACUAUUAUGUUCUUCGGAAGGCUGACCAAUCUGCCAUUGUUAAAUUACCUUUGUUAAGCCAGUUCUUCCAUGGUAGCCUCCGUACCCGUAGAGAAGAUGCCACAGCCAAUUACCCUCAGUUUAUGGAUCUCUUUCCUCUUCUACUCCACCCCCAUUCACAGUUCAAUAACAAAGAUGAUAUCUUUGAGAACAUUGUAUUUAUUCAUAACCCAGAAAUAUAUUACAUUAAGCCAAAGGAUAUCGAACGAUUUAAGAGGCUUACUGGGCUGGAGGAUUUUCUUCUGGAUAGAGAUGCUGCAAGGCUGCAUACUGUUCCUGAUGGAAGUGUUUUACAUAAUGUGUUGGAGCAGGAGCUGAAGUCCAAUGGUGAGUCACCUCCUGCUAGUUCUUGUCAAAGUUCUAGGGGAACGAAACAUUUAGAGGAUCUCAUGGAAUUGAAGGAUCCUCUGAAACCUAUGCAUGUUGAAGCACCUAUCAGUACUGUUCCAGAUUGUGGUACUCCUAUGAUGCAUAGUUAUAUGUCCCCGCACACGAAUAAAACAACCUCUGAGCCUGUGGAGAAACUUGAUCGUGCUAUGAUUUUUCUUCCUUCUCUUCCAACUAAAAAAGAGUUGUCCAAUAUUGUAGCUGCCACCAGAGAUGGAUUUGCAUUGACUGGGAGUGCGGCAAUGGCGAAGGUGGGACCAACGAUAGGGCUCAUUGACAUUGGAGAAUGUGAUGACUCCUACCUGUUUCGUGUAUCUCUUCCUGGAGUGAGAAGAGAUGAAAGGGAAUUCAGCUGUGAAGUUGAAAAUGAGGGCCAAGUAUUGAUAAGAGGAGUGACGGUAACAGGCGAGAAGACAGUCCACAGGUACUCUCAGAUGUUUGAAAUGCAAACACAGAAUCUUUGCCCUUCUGGGCAGUUUUCCAUCUCGUUUCAGCUACCUGGUCCAGUUAAUCCGCAGCAGUUUUCUGGUAAUUUUGGGACGGAUGGAAUUCUGGAGGGAAUUGUGAUGAAACGAAAAGAUGACAGUAGUAAGUAUGCGUAGCUAAAGUUUAGUGAGCCACUGUAUAUUUGUUAGGAACAUUGACAUAAGGAGUUCUGUUCUUGCCAAAUUCCGUUGCGUGAUAUUGUCAUUGAAUUGAUGUCUGCAAAAUGUUGCAAGUGCCUCAGCUGAUAUCGUCAUUAGAUCCUAAAUGCGCGAUAUCAACUGAGGCACCGGUAAAAUGGCAGCCUAAUAAAUAUUUAACCCUGUAAUAUGGUAACUAGAGAAAAUGGUUGAAAAAAUGAUGCAUGAAUUUCCAACUUA